AUGGCGGCAAGAGCUCCUGUAUUGUCUGAAAAGUACUCGAAGGAGAUAGAAAAUGCGCGUCGAGAUCUUCGUGCUCUCAUCUUCAUCAAAAAAUGUGCUCCUAUCAUGCUUUCGUUAGCAUUGCAUGAUGCAUGGACUUAUGAUGCUAAUACAAAGAAAGGAGGCCCAAAUGGAGCAAUCAGGAACUACAUUCAUGGAGAAAACACUGGUUUGAAAACUGCAAUUGAUCUCUGUGAAGAAGUGAAGGCCAAACAUCCAAGAGUUACAUACGCUGAUCUCUAUCAGCUUGCUGGAGUUGUUGCAAUUGAAUUGAUAGGAGGCCCCACUAUUGACUACGCAGCUGGAAGGAAGGAUUCAAAAGAGUCGCCUAAUGAAGGACUUUUUCCUGAUGCCAAAGAAGAUCCAUCACAUCUCAGGGAUGUGUUCUAUGGGAAGGGCUUAUCUGACAAGGAUAUAGUUACACUUUCUGCUACUCACAAAUUGGUGAAUGCACAUCCCGAAAGAUCUGGAUUUGGUGAAAAACCGUUGAAGUUUGACAACUCUUAUUUCGUGGAGCUUCUAAAGGGAGAUUCUGAUUCUGAUGGAUCGCUCAAACAUGCAACUGGUAAAGCCUUACUUGAUGACCCAAACUUUCGUACCUAUGUUGAGCUUUAUGCUAAGGAUGAAGAUGUAUUCUUGAAAGACUAUGCUGAAUCACACAAAAAGGUCUCUGAGCUUGGUGUCACCCUACCUCUGUCACAGGAUGCCUCAUUUGAGGCAAGAGGUGCUGCGAAUCUUGUUUCCUCUGCAACUUUGGUCUUCCUUAAUUUCAGUUCCAUGCUUCUAGUUUACAUCCAACAAAUCAAUCGAAAAUGCAAAGAGUAAGCAGUAAUACCCACCCCCACCCCCACCCGUUUAUUAUAUUAGCUAUAUGAUAUGAUAUGAUUUUGGAAACAACGUAUCGUAUGAUCAUCGCAUAGUAACUUUACUAUUCACUGUUAUUUCAGGCAACAUGCCCUUUAUAUGACUUGUUGCUUGCUUUCUUAGUUUUAUGUUAUAACCUAUUCAUAUCUUUUUUUUUUUUUUUUUUUUUUUUUUUUUUU